UCGACUCGUCGUCCUGCGCAGCUCUGACGUAGGUUUCUUACCAAAAAACGCGCCGCGGCGUGUGUGUGUACAGUUUCCGAGUUUCAGCUCAAUGUGGCUCAACGAGAAUCUGCUUCACAUCCACACCCGGAGAGAAACACUCUGAAACUGCAGGUUGCUUGUAAAGCAGCGGCCGCUCUCCGUCAGAAUGAGCGACGACACGGACUCUCCUCACGAGAGGGAAAUGAAGGAUUUUCAGUUCCGUCAGAUGAAGAAAGCAAGAGUCUUUGAUGCUCCUGGGGAUUUGCCUAAAGAAAGAUCCAAUCUGCUCACCAUCUCAAACAGAUAUGGUUUAAGUUAUGUUGGGCUCAACAGAACAUUCAAAGUUUACCUGACACAUGAUAUCCUGGCUGCUGAUAAAGUUGAUGGCAACUCCAAUGAAAUAGUCAGUGGAAUACCAGUGUUGGCCGAGGUGACGUUGGAACUGGCUGUGCAUCACUUAGCUCUCAGCUGUGAUGAACUUACAUUGUCAGUAUGUGGCAUGUCUGAGGCGGGGGGUUUAUCCCUCACUUUCUACGAUGUCCGCACCUUCAUUAACAAGGCAAGACAACAGAAGUUACCUUUUGCAUCGCUGCAGGCAGCCGCUCCCUCUGGCACUGUGGUGCUGGACCUCAAGUGGAAUCCUGCUCAGGCGUCCACUUUGGCUGCCUGUCUGUCUGAUGGCAGCAUGAUGAUUUUGGAUGUUACAGACAGUGUCAAAGUGCAGGCCGAGCUACCCGCAUCCAGUGGUAUCACAUGCAUUUGCUGGAGUCCAAAAGGAAAACAAGUCGCUGCAGGAAAAAUGAAUGCCACAGUCAGUCAGUACACACCAGCAUUAGAGGAAAAGAAAGUGAUCCCAUGUCCACACUUCUACACUUCUUCCCCUGAUGAUGCUGUCAAAGCUCUGGAUGUCCUGUGGCUGAAAACCUUUGUGUUUGCAGUGGUAUAUGCUGCUGCAGAUGGAUCCCUUGAGACCCCUCCCGAGCUUGUGUUGAUCUCCCUCCCUAAAAAGGAUGAGAAGGUGGAGACGAAGUAUCUGAACUUUAGUGACACGGUGUAUGGCAGCUGCACUGAACGGCUACACCACUACUUCCUGAGCCAUGUGGAGGACUGGGACCUUGUGUUUGCAGCAUCAGCAGCUUCCAUUGAGGUCAGCGUCAUAGCCAGACAAGACGACAAGAUAUGGGAACUUUGGAUUCUGGAAGAUGCAAGUCGGGCUGAGCUUCCAGUGACUGAGACAAAUGAAGACACUCUACCUCUCGGCUUCGCCAUAGACUACACCAGCCAGCAGGAGAUCUACAUCUCUGAUGAGAAGACCUUACCUCCAGCGCCCACGAUGCUAAUGCUAUCCACGGAGGGGUUACUCUGCCCGUUUGCUCUGCUCAACCUCAAUCCUGGUGUGAAGCAGCUGGUCUCACGCCCCAGCCUUCUCCCUCUGGAGGGGGAGAGACUGCCCAAUCUAGGUUCUUUGGCAGCCCAACUACCAAAAGCUGCUGCCGCCGCCAUUCCAUCUGCCCCAGCGGUGUUCCAAAACCUUGGUCUAACAUCAGCAGCUGCUCCCACUCCUGCCGCUCCCAUUGCCUCUUCCUCUGCUGCUCGGUUCGGCUUUGUAACAACAGCUCCUGUGUCAUCGUCCUCAUCGGCCUUCACUUUCUCUGUCCCAACUACCAACUCCACCUCAGCCCCUUCAGCUUUCUCCCUGGGGGGAUCCAUGUCCUUUGGCUCAGGAUCCUCAGGCUUUUCUUUUGCUUCCAAACCUCCCUCUGAUACUCCCUCAGCACCGUCUGCCUUUUCCAUCAGCACGCCUUCCAUCAAACCGGCAGCGGUAGCAGCCCCGGCCCCAGCUCCAGCUCCAGCCCUUCACAGCAUUGCUGCUGCCUCCCCACCCACAGUGAAAAUGAAUCUGAAUGAGAGGUUUUCAGCAGUGGAGACCCCAGCACAAGCCCCACAGUCUUUCUCCUUCACUUCUCCAAUACCCAAACCAGUUGUCUCCAAUUCCAGUAGUUUGACCGCCCCUCCACUUGCAGUCGUUAAGCCACCAGCUGUACUUACCCCAGUGCGUCCAGUUCAAACCAGCACGCCGCCAACAGUUGUCCAGAAACCGACUCCUGCUGCCCAGAGCCGAAUCCAAGCUCCACAGGCCCCUGUGGCACCUGUGAAGGCCGUGGAGAAGCAGCCACAGCAAAAGAAAGAGUCGGAUCACAUCAUGGCUGGUAUAUUGGAAGAGAUUGCACACUUCCAGAAGGAGCUGGAUGACCUUAAGGCAAGAAGUGCAAGAGCUGAUUUCAAGGUUGGCACCAAUGACGAGAUGAAGGAGUUGAGGAAGGAGUCAGAGGACCUACAUAUUUUCACACUGGAGAUCAAGGAAACUACAGAGUCUCUCAAUGGGGAUAUUGGGACUCUGAAGACAACCUUAUUGGAGGGCUUUGCUGGGGCAGAAGAAGCCAUCACCCAGAGUGAGCUGAGCAAAGACAAAAAUAACAGACAGCUGCUUUACAAAAAACCUCUCGACCCACGCAGUGAGGAACGACUCAAGGAGAUUCGCAGACUGUACCAGUACGUUACAUUUGCUGUGGAAGACGUCAACGAUGUGUUGAAUGUGGAAUGGGAGAAACAUCUGGAGAAGAAGAAAAAGCUGAAACACAUGGCCGUGCCAGGGCGUGAGGGUCUUUUCACAACACUGGCCAACAACCUGUACAUCAUCGAGCAGCAAAAGUUCAGAUUGGAGCAGUUGGUUAAAGACCUCAGUUCACUGAUGCUCUACAACAAGACAACUACACCAACUGCAAACCAAAAUACUGCGACAGCAACAACUGCUGGUUUGGAAAGUGAGCUUGAGAGUUUAAGGGAUGCUCUCCUGAAAGCCAGACUGGACCCUACCCCUCUCAAAACCAAAACCAGAUCUCCAGUCAAGAUCUCACCAGUGAAACAGUCCCAGCUACGCAACUUCCUGUCAAAGGGGCAGAUGCCUCCUGUCCGCUCAACUGCACCAGCCAACCUGUCUCGAUCCGCCUUCCUGUCCCCUAAAUACUACGAGGACUUGGAUGAUGUGAGCUCUACCUCCACCCUGUCCCAGUCCCUGGACCCCCACCCUGCUCACUUGGAGCUGGAGGAAGAGGAGGAGGAACUACAGCCAGAGCCCCUCCUUGUCAUACCCCAAGCACUUGCCACCCCUCGUCACCCCACUGUCGUGAGGACCCCCUCUAUCCAGCCUGGCUUUGGAGCAAUCCAGUCUACACCUUUAACCAAAAUUCAUCAAGUACAGGCUAUGGGCUUUGGACUCAGCCCUAUACCCAGCCCUAUUCCAACCAAUAAGAUCAACCUCAGCGGGCCUGAUAGCACUGCUCUUGCCACAAAGACGGUCAAACACGGAGCCCCACCAGCUGAGAGGGCCGUACCUGUUACCAUCCCUGCCCAGCAGGCCGCAGCCACCGCUGCUCUACGCAGGCAGAUGGCCAAUCAGAAGAUGGCUGUUGUCGGCGCUUCUUUGACAGAGUCCACUCUGAAGAUAGUUCCUCAGGUCGUCAAUGUUCAGGAGCUCAAGGAGAAAGGGUCUCCUGUUCCAGUUUCCACUAUCAUCAGCUCGCCAGAUCCAGUCUUUGCAGUUUCUUCUACCCAGGCUAAACGAAAUCCUACUCAAGGUAUCCAGACGAUGUCCGCUGAAUGUACAACCACCUCACAGACAGGGUUUGUGUUUGGUCAACCAUCCAAACCUGAUGUUUCCGUGGCUCCUGCAAGUUCAGUGGAGCAAAACACCAGCAAAGGUUUCUCCUUUUCUUCAGGGUCCGCAAGCUUCAGUUUUGCUUCAGUUGCACAGGGACCUGGAAUAUCACAAGCAAAGGAUGUGAGUAAAUUUUCCUUUGGUGGAAAUGGCAAAAUUGGAUUCGGGCAGGCUGGAGAGGAGGCAUUCUCAUUCAUCCCAAAGUCCACCUCCCCUGCUCUACACACAGCGUCCCCCACCCUGCCUCCGAACCCACCAGGAGAAGCAGCCAAACCCACCUCUACCACAACAGCCCUCAGGGUAGAGCCACAGCCACCUAAGACAGCUGGAGGUGAGACACUGGGCAGUUUCUCCGGACUACGUGUGGGCCAAGGAGAAGAAGCCAAAGAUGCCUCUACCAAACCUACUCCUGCCUCGUUUACCUUCGGGGACAGUGGACUUGGGAUGGGCAAGGGAGCAGCACAGUUUAGCUUUGGUACAGGUGCUCAAAAGUCUGCAGAAGAUUCCACGGGAUCAGACUUGGCGAAGGGAGCAGCGUCAGGCAGUUUGUUUAAGCCUCCUGAAUCAACAACUAAGCCAGCCUUCUCUGUUCCCCAGUUAGGCUCAGCUACCACAGCUUUACCUACGUCUUUCAGUAGUCUCCUUGCAGAAUCUUCAGACUCCACAGAGGAACCAAAAGUUUCCCAACAACCUUCAGAACCCACCCCUCCCCCUGAAAAAGAACCAGCUUCUGAACCCACUGUGGAGAGCGCCAGUGCCCCAGAAGUACUCGACCCUGCAGAGGAGGCUGCCAGCAUAGAAACCACACCAGCACCAGCAGCACCAACACCCCCACCUCCUUUGGCCACAACUGCCCCAGCCCCAACCCCAGAACCUCCGACCUCCAUUGCCGCACCAGCUGAAGCCGCCCCUCCACCACCAUACAGUGCUCCCACAGUAGAAGCACCCACAGACAUUUCCACCACCACCACUGCUCCUGUGUCCACUUCUGCAGCUGCCACCUUCGCUGCAGUUCCUGUCUCCCAGGUUGCACCAGCAGCAUUUCAGGUUCCCUCCUCUGAUAAGCCAGGCUCCAUUUUUACUCAGCCUGCUCCUGCAACAACAGACAGCAACACCAUUGGAAUCACAACAGUAAUCAACACAUUUGCCAAUGCAGCAACCACUCCCACCCCUACAGCUGUUAGCGCUGCAACAACUACUGCUGCCACUGUAUUUGGGCAACCUGUUGCACCUCCAGCUUCCUCAGCCCCCUCGGCUCCAGCAAUCACAGGAUUUGGUUCAUCUGGGUUUGGUGCAUCAGCUGGAGCUAAUUUUGGCAAAACUGUAUUUGGCCAGGUGAGUGGCUUUGGCCAGCCUGCCAGUAACACUGGAACAGCUAGUGGAUUUUCUUUCGGCCAGCCAGCCUUUGGAGCAAGCUCUAACAGUGCAACCACUGGAGGAGGAGGAGGAGGAGGAAGUCUUUUUGGUGCUGCUACUGCCAGCAAUGCAAGUUCCUUCCCGUUUGGCACAGGCACUGCCAACACAGCCAGCAGCACCGGCUCUGGGCUGUUUGGACAGAGCACAGCCCCAGCGUUUGGCCAGAGCUCUGGAUUUGGGCAAGGCUCUGUGUUUGGUAGUAACACCACCACGUCAUCUUCCGCAGGAUUCAGCUUUGGACAGCCCUCAGGUUUCGGUUGCUCCUCUUCCACUUCUGUGUUUGGCCAACAACCAAACACUGGCAGUGUGUUUGGACAGCAGCAGCAGCAGCAGCAGCAAUCAUCUAGUGGGAGUGUGUUUGGGUCAGGUUCAGCCAACACUGCAGGCUCAUCAGCUGGUGGAGGAUUCUUCAGUGGCCUGGGAGGCAAACCCACCGAGGAGGCUGCCAACAAGAACCCAUUUGGCAACCCUCCCUCCACCGGAGGAUUUGGCCAGUCUGCUCAGACAGGUUCCAACACUCUGUUUGGGAAUAGUGGUGCCAAGGCCUUUGGUUUUGAACAGACCUCCUUUGGUGAGCAGAAACCCAGUGGCACCUUCAGCACUGGAGGAGGGAGUGUCGCAUCCCAGGGUUUUGGCUCCUUCUCUUCUCCGACAAAACCAGGUGGAUUCGGCAGCGCUCCAGUGUUUGGAAGUCCCCCUUCCUUCGGUAGUUCUCCAGCAUUUGGAGGUGCGGCGUCAUUCGGCUCCAACCCUUCAUUCAACAACAACAUGGGUUCCUCCGCUGGUAAAGUGUUUGGCGAGGGAACUGCGGCCUCCAACAUGGGAGGAUUUGGGUUUGCGUCACCUCCCCCUGCCCCAUCCUUUGGCGCUCUAGCUAAUCAGAACACUCCGUCAUUCGGGAACUUGGCCCAGCAGGGCUCUGGGUUUGGAAAUCAGCCCAGCGGCUUCUCAGGGUUUGGACAGCAGCCACAGACAGGAGGAUUCUCUGGAAACACCUUUGGCUCUUCAAACCAGUCGGGUGAACCCAACAUGCCUGGUGAGGAAAUCUCCCUGAAGUGACACAUAUAGAGAUGAAAACUAGAAGAUGUGCUAAAAAAGGAAAUGUGAUUUGUAUCUUCGAGGCAGCAAAGAAAAUCUUUGUCAGUUUCAGUUUGGAUAAACAGCUCAGACCAGUGAAGUGGGCUGCCAGUACAAAGCCUGACCACUAUGGAUUUCUAGGGGGCGUAUACCAAUAUUCAGGAGGAAAAGUUUACUGAUACCAAUAUAUUGGCUGAUAUUUAUGUAAAAAUUAAAUUGGAAUGUUUCCUAAGAUGUCCAUAUCAAACCCUGAAUUAAUACAUAAAUGCAAAUCUUUUCUGCAUUGUUUAUUCUUUAAAAUAAUAGUUUUUAUAUCAGCAAACAUAAAGACCAAUAUUGAUAUGUCUGUGAUUUUCUCAUAUCGAGAUUUUUUUCUUUCUUUUUCUUUUACAGCCGACCAAUAAAUCGGUCUGGAGCUAAUGAAAAUAUUACAUUUAUAAAUUGGAAAACAGUAUGUUGUGAAUAGUAGUUUUCCCAAUGCUAAACAAGACCUUGAAAUCAUUUGAUAACAUUGUGAACAUGUAACUGCACCUCAAUAAGGUCAAUGUGCAAAUUUAACUAAAAAGAAAAGGAAAGACGAAGGGUGACAUUUGUACAUUUUUAUUCAUUCUUGAAAAAAGACUUUUUUUUACAUAUUUUUUCAGGGGUUGUUCACCCCAAUGUUGUGCAUUUUCACAGUUUUAAAUAUUUUCCAGAACUGACCCAUUUUCAAGUAUUGGUGUAAAAAGUCAAAGCUGAACAAACACACAAUGCUUGAACUAUAUCAGAGCUGUUAUUUCCAAACAAACCAAACAAAAUGAGAAACAAACAUAUUUGCUUGUAGUAUCCUAUGUACCACAUGUCAGGUUGUAUUUCAAACACUGAAUUAUGUUGUAUAUUUUCUGAAAUAAGGAGAAUAGUGAGAUGAAUUGACCUGUGGACAAUCCAUUUUUUUCUUUCUGGCAUAGAACUAAUAAUAAAAAUAAGGAAAUGAAAGGCAGGUGGUCCUGAGUGUGAACUAGGUUUACUGGUUUAAAUAAUGGUUACUGUCUCACGAGGGUUCAACCAAUAAAUAAAGAGCUGGAGCAAAAGUAGCAGCCCUCAGAAGAACUGUAAUGUGUGGGUUUAGGAAGGGAGGGGUUCGAUCGCUUGGCACAGCCGUACGAGCAGAAAACGCUACGACAAAUAACAUCCCAUAUGGCUACAUUUUGCAUUUGUGAUAUUUCUCAGGAAAUUAAAUGAAAUUAGGCCCAUCAUCAAGUGCCAAGAGGUUUUUUUGAAUUCACAACUUACCAACAAUAUUACACUGCAUAGUUUUGGCGCUGUCCAAUUUUGGCACUUUUGGUGCUCCGUACAGGAAAACCAAUAAUGUGCGGUGUUGUUUUUCUGUGGCUUUUUCAGGAAGCAUAUUGCAUUUGUGACAUUUCUCUGAAUGUAAAAUCAUUAACGCAAAGUUGACAGACGCACACAGAUGAUGUUUAGUGCCCUUUUCCAUCAACAUCAGACGCUGCUGAUUUUUCACAGGCACCCACUGUGUGACCUCAGUUCCUCUAUUUCUUCUUUAUAAAAAAACGUCCUUGCUGUAAUUUAUCACCAGGAGACACACAUACAUCACACCCUGUUUGUUAGCAGAUAGGUGUGUUUGUGCAUAUGGCUUUGUAGCAUGUGCUCCGACCGUCCACGUGCAGGGCUGAUAAAUGAGUUCAGGCUGCCAAUGUGACACUGCUGUGACAAUCAGAUACAGCACCAGGCCUACUCCUUUCCCCUUGGGGU